AUGCCACCGAUAUGGUACACGUUGGACCAGUUGAAUUUAACCAAUCUCAGAGUGGAUAAAAUACCGGAGCCAAUCCUUGAUGCGUUUUUGGUCAGACCAUUCCGUAAUCAAACUCCCUGGGAUCGACUGCCCAACCUGACCGAACUGCGUUGGCCUGACGGAAUUACAGCACCGCUGCCGGCAGGUAGACGCCUCUAUCCCAGAGUAAUGCGUGCUCCGUAUCUUCCCUCAUUUGAUCCAAUACUGAGUGCGGGACAGCGUCGGUUGUACGAAAAAUUAUUUUCCAUUUUCACAAAACUGAUGGAUGAUCACGGCUACUCGGAUCGAUAUAUGCUCUCCGCUGGUACUCUGCUCGGUUCGCAUCGACAUCACGAUUGGAUACCGUGGGAUGAAGACGUGGAUAUUAUGGUAGACGCAGUCCUGCGUCCUUGGUUGCGGCAAAAGCUGAGUGAGAUGGCUCCGGAAUAUCAGAUCUCGUUUGCCGAUCGAGACAAAUUUUUUACCAAACUGCUUCCGUUGGACCAAGACAAUGAAACAGAUGUGAUGCAAAGUCGCCAGAGUACUGGGAGCUUCUGGGGAUGGCCAUUUUUGGACAUCAGCUAUUAUGGAUUCAAUCAAACUCACAUGAUAGAGGUCACAUCGUCGUACGGUAUAUAUUACGCAUGGCCUUUGGACAUGAUAUUUCCCCUGUUGUACCGGCCAUUUGGUCAACAGUGGCAUCCGGGACCCAGGGAUCCAUUGGCAUCGCUGAUUGCAUACUAUGGUAAAUCAGACGACUGUGAGUCCCUACAGUACUCGCAUGUGUAUGAAAAAUUUCGCUCUCAGAAACGAACCAAAUGUCAUGAACUUGGUACGCGGUUCGCGUUUGUCAAACAUCGUCCCUGCUUAGUCAAUGGUAAACAGAUACAGUGGGGAGAUUUAAUGCUCGUAGAAGAGGUACUUGUACGAAAGUUAAACGAUGAUCGGGAAGAAAACAUUCAUGCAUUUUGCGUUGCCACGGACUCGAAAAAUUCCAAAGCGGAUACCUACGCCCUGGAUUAUGUCGAAUGA